AUGGAAAAUGAAGAAGAAGUUCAAGAAAUGAUUUAAGAAGUUAAAAUAUAUGUGAAAGUAUCAUAAAUUUAUAAAGUAGAUACUUCUUGAGCCCAAAUUGAAUAGAAAAAUGAAAUUCUGGAAUCUAUAAUUUAUAAAAAAAGUAUAUAAAUAAAAAUUGAGAUUAUGA